AUGGCAGGUCAUGGCACGGUGGACCACAUGGAGCUCCGUAAGACACCCUGGCUGGAGAUGGAAAUCGGGAAGACGACGCCCCUGCUGGAGAUCGAGGAAACCCAAGGCAGUGCGAUGCUGCAGUCCUUUGAGCGGAUAGCCAUGCUCAAAGUCAAAGUGCCGGACAAGGAAUGGCCUGCCUGGAUCUACGAUGUGUUUUGCAACGUUGGCUCAUUGGUGCCUGUCCGGCUGCCUGAAUACGUGCCGUCACAGGCAACUAUCGUGAUCAUUGGGGUGCUUCCGCUGCCCAUUUUCCUGUUCCUGGUGCUGUGGCAGAAGCUUCACUCGGAGUGGCUGCUGUGCAUUGCUGUGUACUGUGCAAUCAUUACCGGCACCACCAACCUCCGGACCGCAGUGUUCUCCAGCGUGGCGCGGUGGAGGACACGCCUUUGUUUGAAGGGCAGCUACAUGACCUUGCUGCAACAAGAGGGUUGUGUGGAUGCUCCGACGCGCUUCCGUCGGGUGCCAAAGCGCUUCGGUGGCGGGCGGAAGGUGAUCAUGGGCGACCCCUGGGAAAGCGCCAGCUCGUCCAGCGAGGACGAAACAGUUCCCUGGGAGGCGGUGCAGCACUUUGUGGUGGUUGAGACGGGCCUUUGCGCGUCUUGCGAUAAGGAGGAGAUUUGCAGCUUGCUGGAGUCCGUCAGUGCCUCUUCCAUGGCACCCAAGCAGGUUAGCGUGUUCUUUGUCCUCAAGGAUUCAAAGGAGGCCAAACUUUACGAAGCGCACUUGCCCGAAUGGAACAGGAACUUUGCCAGGAAAUUGAAAACUAUUGAGCUGUUGAACUUGGAGCUGGAGGUGAAUAAAACACUGCCCUUGAAACAUAAAGAGCAGAAGCCUCCUCCACAUCGUUCUCAAGAAGCACUGGUCUCUUGGCUUUUGAAUCGCGGGAAGACUAUCAAAGCCUCAGACCACCUUAUUUUGGUGACACGCACCACGGUGGACAGCUGGUUCCACCCAGAGUAUUUUCCUGCGGUGACCUUCGCGUUUCUCAACACGGGAGCCAAGCGAAACUUCACCAUUUAUCAACCACCUAUCCUUUUCCUGAAGGACUAUUCCGAGCAGAAUUGGCUGACGCGAUACGCAUGCCUAUUUUUAGCACAGUCUUCUUUGGCAAGCCUCACGGACCCCAUGGGAAUGCCUUUGCCGAAGUCCACCUUCACCAUGGUGAUGGCUUUGAUGGGUAAUGUGGACCACAGCUGGGAUCCUGGUUUGGCAAUGAGGCCCUACAAUAUCGGCAUUUGGACAAAGUGCUGGAUUGGUACUAUUGGGCGUAUGAACUUGCAGCCCAUGUUCUUGCCCGUGUACCGCUCUGGGUGCAAUCCCGUGUUAGACGACACUUUCGUACGGGAGCCACGGCUCACCUGCCUUUGCUUUGGCGCCACCAUGCAUGGACCGUUGCGGGCGCAAGUGCUGUCAGUGCUGGAGCUGGUUCACAUGUGGGCGGCCUUACCUUUAGCUUGGUGCAGUCGACGUGAGAGUCCAUUGCAAAAGCGCCGGAUCUUCUCCCUGAUGUGCCGGUCCCUUUUGCCAUUCGGCAGCGUUUUCUGGGCACAUUGGGUUCUUUGCACUUGGUUUGUGGUGGUUUCUUUGAAUGUCCUGAGCCUCCUCCAUAGCAGUUUAAGCCACUGGCCACCACCGAACACGGGGCCCCAAAGAUGGGACUUUGCUUUUCUGUUUGGCGUCACAGCUGCCGCCUUCAACCUGCCGCUCUUCUCGGUGUUCUCGAACGUGGACCUUCUGAAACUCUAUUUGGCCAGCUGUCCCCCCUCAACGAGUUCCGCUAAGAGUCCUCCCUCAACGAGUUCCGGAGAGAGGAGCCUUCCUUGUCAAGGCCUCAUUCUGCUCCUGACUUCGUUUGUGGCUGGACCUCUCUUCUUUUUGCUUAGUUUCAUUGAGGAAUUCCGCUUAGCGUUUACCCUAAAGUGGGCAGCUGAAAGCAGCUAG